AUGCCGCCGCGUCGCGAAAGCAGCUCGGGCUACCGCGGCGUCCGCGUCCACCCUUCCGGCUGGUUCUACACGGAGAUCCGCUCCGGCACCGCGCGUCUCAGUCUCGGGACGUUCAAGACCGCACACGAGGCCGCCCGCGCCUACGACGUUGUGGCGUGGCGCCUCAGCAAGCCACGCUCGCAGAUGAACUUCCACGAGGCGCAGACGUGUCAGCAGGCGCAGGACCUCGCGUCGCCGCCUCGUCUUAUAACAGACCAGGACCGUGAGAAACACCGCAGACGCCAGCGCUGCCUCCUCAUCGCCGAGACGGACGAGCUAGCCAUGGCGGAGUGGCGCCAGUGCUACCCGCAGGACGUUGCCGACGAGAACGCCUUCUGGGCGUGGAGGACGGCAAGGCGCCGUGCGGAGCGGGCGGACAGGCGUCGGCGGGGCACUCGUGGAGGCGUUGUGCGAUCUCGUUAA